AUGAGUAAUCCUAUUAAUUUGAUUAAAGUAACUAGAUCUCUAUAUAAUCCAUCCAGAAAUUCUAUACAUUUCUGGAAACAAUUUAAACGUUGGCAAGAAAUUGAAAAAGAAGGUCUUAAAGAAAAAAAAUUAGAAGAAAGAAAGAGAAGUUAUAUCAAAUUAAAUGAAGGAUUAUAUAUUACACCAGAAAAAGAAUCUGACGUAAUGCCAAAAAAAGAUCUUGAAGAUAUGACAAGAAGAGAAACUGGAGCUUUGUCAAUUGAAUUUUUGACAAGUCAUACACAAAUGAGAUAUCUUGAUCAUUCAUUUGAUAAUAUUAAAAGAUGCAAAGCUUAUGAACAUUUUCAACAUCUUCAGUUUGAUCAACGUUUUAUACCUGAAAGAUUAUUAUUUCUUGGUCCAGAUUUAGCUGCUGCUUAUUUUAUUGUUCAUCGUGGUGGGACAAUUAAGUUUGUUGGUGAUAAUGCUUGGAUUAGAAAAGAUAAAAAAGGAAGAUAUUCUUUACCACCAAGGCGUGUACCUGGUUUAUAUCUUGAGGCAAUUGAUGCUUCAAAUACAGAGUUGAUGUUUGAAGGUUUUGAUAAUCUUUAUGAUUUAACUAAAUUAAGACUUUUAUCAUUGGCAAAUUGUAAAUAUGCUGAUGAUUGGACAUUAAGUAGAGUUGGUACUAUGUUUAGUGAAUCACUUGAAAUGUUAGAUUUAUCAAAUUGUAAAAAAAUUUCUCCCAAAGGUUUAAUGGGAUUAAGAAGUUUAAAAAAUUUAAAGUAUCUUCGAUUAAAUGGUUUAAAUGAUCCACAGGGUAUAGCUAAAGCAACAAUAUUAUUAGAAGAAGCCAUACCUAAUUUAAUUGUUAUGGGUGUUGAUUAUGAAUCUGCAUUAGAAAGUUUCCAAAAAGAAGCAAUGUUAUUAGAACAUGAAAGAGCUUCUGUUGAUGCCAAAGGAAAUAUACAUAUAGAAGAUGAUAAUGGUAAUUUAUAUUAUGUUAAAGGAUGUAUUAAUGAACGACCAACUGUUGAUGAUAAUGAUUUACCUAUUGUUACAAGUACCAUAAAAAUGGAUGUUCCAAAGAUGUCUGAUAUUGAGUUUGAGGAACUUGAUAGAUUAACUCAAGGAAAAUUAAGGCAUCUUUUAGUUGGUUCACCAAGUGCCUAUAGUUGGACGGAAGCCACUGAACAAAUAUUAUCUUUUGAAGAAAAGUAUAAAUUAAAACGUGGUGAAAUUGUUGAUCCAAAAUUAUUACCGUUAAGCAAAAGGGAAGAUGUAAUAAGAGAAGUUGAAAAAUUAGAACAAGCUAGAUUACAAAAAAAUGAAUUAAAUAUUAAACAAAUAAGUUCUUCAUAA